GUGGGACAGCAGAUACGUUCCUUCAGCAGCCGUGGGGGACGAUAUGCCGCGCUACUAUUGUGACUACUGUGGUACUUACCUCACCCACGACUCCGCGCCUGGACGACGCCAGCACAAUCGAGGAUGGAAGCACACCGAUAACGUGAAGCUGCACUACAAGCAGUUUUUGGAGAAGUUCGUCCAGCAACAAGCUGCAAACGGCGGUGCAGGGCCCAGCGGCGCGAUGCCAACGGGACCGAUGCCUAUGUGUCCUGAAGUUGGCCCUGGACCUAGAGGGCCGAUGAUGGGCUCAGGAUCUUUGGGAAUGGGCCCCAUGAACAACUCACUAAUGCCUGGAAUGGGAGGGCGUGGCCCAAUGGGCGGAGGACCGAUGAUGGGCGCACCGCGUCCGGGUGGAUUCAUGGGCGGAGGGCCAAUGGGCGGUGGACCCAUGAUGGGACCACGCCCGGGCGGAUUCAUGGGCGGUGGACCCAUGAUGGGUGCACCACGUCCGUUUAUGGGAGGCGGGCCGCCACGAGGCCCUCCCCCACCACAAGCCACGCCCCCGAAUGGCAACGGUCCAGCUCCUGGCUCCGGACCAAGUUAGGCUUGAGGAAAGAGGGGAGUUACCCUAUUUUCGCAAGUUGUGCGCUUGCCUUCGAGAACCGUUUUUUCAUCAGCAGUUCGCCAGGAUGUAAGUGUGGAGUAGCGAGGUCCUGGUGCGCAUCACGACUUAGGGGCUUGCAAGAAUGGCGCACUCGUAGCAGUUACAGCAGCUGAAUAAGCUUGCGCCGGCUUUUGGGCUUGUUCGUUGCAAGACACAUGCGACAUGCGUUGUCCACACGACACACGACAUGACCUGAGUUUCGUGUAACCUUCAAGCACGUGGCAAGGCGGCGGAAAACACAACACUUGGCUCACCAAGUACCACAUGUCUCUAUCCUUUCUUCUUGCCUCCUUUCGUGAGGCUGACAAGAGUGUACCAGGCAAUGUGACGCAUCAAAUUCAAGACAUUUUCCGACGGAGCUGUUUUCCCUGGCUACC